UGAGGCAGUGGAAGCAGCUGAGCAGCCAAACAUGGUCUCUGAACAGAGGAGGCCAUCGCCGGUUGCAGAAGAGGAAGGAGAGGAAGUUGCGACGUAUCUUCUGCUAUAUUUUUUUCCCAUUUGAUUUUGACUCUUACUUCUUGAUACAUGUAGUUCGUUGUAGAUGUAAAAAUUUUGAUCGUGAUCAACAUCAUGUUCUUUGAAGAUUUUUUAACAUGAUGGAUCGAUACAACAAGAACAACUCUUUGAUGCAGGUUGGCCUCCGAAGUUCGUAGUCGAUUACGUUCACGCGAAAUAUCACGUCUCGGCAGUCAACACGCAGCGGCCUUCGCAUCCGACUUUGUCGAUGCCGUUAUGGCGGACACGGUUCACGGCACACUAGACGGCAGUGCUGCAAACGAGCAGACGAUCAACAUCCUAGACGGAGGCGGUGCUCUCGAUGAGCAAGUAGUUGGUUGGAAGAGUAGUCCUCGAACUGCGACGGGAGGAGAGGCAGUUGGACGAUCAGCACUAGGUGGCAGUGGCAAUAGAAGCGAAGAAGAUCCUCAACUGCUGCAAGAAGAACUA